CGCUCGAGGAAAAAUAUCCGUUAACAGAUUUGAAUUUCAGGACAACUUCCUGUGUCGUUUCGACGCUAUUCUGUCUCCAAGCGCAACAUAAACAACUGAAAAACAACAAAAACAAGCCUGAAGAUGUUCCUCACAAUGUCAUAAUAACCGAAAGUUAAGAUUGACAACUGUUGACAUUGGGAGCAUAAAUACCACAAAUGAUGUCAGCCAGGGAAGAUGUUUUAUCCCCAGACGAGUUGAGGAAGCGGCUUUACAAAACGCUGAGGGACAGGGGCGUGUUGGACACUUUAAAGACUCAGCUGCGAAACCAACUCAUCCACGAGUUAAAGCCUGCACGACUAAGUGAAGCAGAACCAUGUCUGAGAUCAGAUUCCCUUUUGGUCUCAGUCUGCAACAACAUUGUGGCUGAUUAUCUGCACAGCUCGGGCUAUGAGUACUCCUUAUCUGUAUUCUGCCCCGAGAGUGGCUUGUGCAAAGAGAAGUUGUCCAAGAAGGGUGACCUCCUUCAGCCUCUUAAAAUCAGCCCUCAUUCACCAUUUUACAAAUCCUUGUGUUCGAGCAUCAAUGACGCAGGCUUUUUAAUCAACCUCGUGUCACACGUCACUGACCAUCAGACUGUUAGUUCGCACCGGGACGCCGACACUCAGACAACAAGCUCAGCAGGAUAUGAGGAGUCUCUAGUUGAGAAGAUGAAAAUGAUCGACAAGGAAUAUGAAAAUGUGAACUACAGUGGGGAAAAGUGGUUCUCAUUCCAGUCUAAACUGGCUUCCUAUCGGAGAGAAUUAGAAUCCCAGAUGCAGACUGAAAUGAACGUAAAGAUGCAGCAUUUCAAAGAGGUUGAACUUGCAAAGGUUAAGAUGGAGGAAAAAAUGCAUCUUCAGAAGGAGUUUGACAAGCUCAAACAAGAAUUGGAGCGAACGUACGAGACGAAGACGACGGCGUUGAACACCAGGGAGAAACACGCCAUCGAGCGGCUUCAAAAGCAGCAGGAGAUCGAGGAAAGAAAUGUUUACAUGCAGAGGCAAAUGGUGCUGAAGGAAAUCGACACGCUGCGCAACAGGGAAAAUGAGCUGAGGUUGCGAAUGCAGUCUUUUGAAGAGACUUGUCAAAUACACGAAGAGAAGGUUAAGACGGGCGAAGAGCUGCUGAGGCGACGAGAACUAUCAGUGAAGACCAUGGAAGAGAUGUAUGAACAAAGGCUGAAGAAUGAACUUUCGAGUUAUCAGAUGGAACUAAAGGAGGAUUACAACAGGAGAGCAGAGCAACUAACAGCAAGUGAGAAGCAAAACAAAGAGGAAACCAUUCGCAUCCAUAAAGAUUCGGCUGCAGUCAAAGCCAAAUUAGAGGAGUACAAGAAAGCCUGUUCAGAGCUGAAGCGGCUGCAGGUGGAUCUGGAUGCAGCACAGCAGCAGACGAUUCUGCUCCGUCAGCAGAAUGAGCUGCUGCGGGAAAGGCUGGAGAAUAUGAGCGACUUCCCCAGUUUGAAAGAAGACAGUGCGCGCCUGCAGGGACAAGUGAAGCUUCUAAAGAAAGAGCUCGAAGAGGCUCAGGAUGAGAACCGGCGUCUCAGUGCGGACUUGGCCAAACCCUCCGACGAGCAGCUGGCCUUGCAGGUGGAGCUCCGCAAGCUUGAGAGCGCGUACAAAAUUGAUAAGGAGGAGUUUGUCAACCAGAAGCACGUGCUACAGAAACAGCUCCAGUUGGAGGUGGAACGAUGUGGUCAGCUGAAUGUGCAGCUGAUGGAGUGUGAGGAGAAGCUGCAGUGGACCACAGCUCACGUCGAGGACCUCAAAAUGCAGCUUCGGCAAACCCAACAAGCUCUUGAAAAUGAAGUCCUGUUCAACCCCAAGCCCUCGGUGGUGGACCGCGCCGUGUCGGAGUUCAGCGGAGACAAGCUGCUACCCCCGGACAUCUACGUCGACCGAGAGGCGCUGAGGCCCGUUGCGGCCUACGAGAACGUCUCGGAUGUAGGCCGGCUCGUGCGGGGCGACUCCAACUCCGACUUGGAGAUGCUGGCCGAGUGCAACGCUCGCAUGCGGCAGCUAGAGAGGGAGGCGGAAAGCUUGGAGGAAAAAUGUUUGAAGUACCAGCAGAGGGCAGCACGGUCUAGCGUCUCACGGAGGCGUCCCACGUCGCCUUCAAGUCGGGCGAACUCUCCUUUGCUGACGCUAACUUCUGACCUCGUUCACCCUUUCCCCAGCCACCUGUCAAACACCUUCAUCAGACCAGCUUCCCCUAAAAAAUCUAGAACCCCCUCCCCGGCCGCCUAUGACACCGGAAAUGCAUUCCCAGUUUCUCAGCACAGAGUGACCUUCUAUCAAGAUCAACUUCAAAAGUCUUUCGGGUCGAGCAGCUUUUCGUCAGCUGAACGUCAGUCAGCAAGGAAUGGCGACCUCUCUUACGGGCAGCACUCGUUCAUAAAUCGAUCCUCCCCCGCCAGGAGCAAACGCCAUCGAGAUGCAGCAGAAAGUAAAGUCACUUCAUCACCGUUGUUCCGGGACACGUCACACGAGAGCCACCCGCCCUCGGCCCCCCACAACGACGCGUCCAGCUCAGGUGAAUUCUCUCCUGAACUGAGCCCCCCUCGCAGCCCUCGGCUCCGGAGCACUAUGCGAGACCAAUGCAGCUCUCCAAGUCGACAACGAGUCUCCUCCAGCUCGCAUUCUUCCCCGCAGCCAGAGAGGAUCAACGUUGAGGAUCUUACUGGCAUUUCACCAGAACCCGGCCACAUUCCAGAGCUUCUCCUGGACACUGCCAUCCCUCUCUCCUCCUCAGAGGCCCCCGGCGGCCCCUCUGCCCCCCGCCCACAGGCCCCGCGGGACCUCCCGGAACCCGCCGCUGACUCACGGGGUCGAGCAGAACCCUCCCGAAACUCAACACCGUCAGAGGAUAAAGUGGAUGAGGAGGAACUUUGGGAAAGAGAAAGAAAAGAAAGGCAAGAAGUGAGGCGACGGGAUCAAGAGGAGGCCCGAGAAAGAGAACAGCAGAAGGCAGAAAGACUGGAGAGAGAAACUCUCUUCCAACAACAACAAAAGGAGGAGGAGGAAGAGAAGGAGAAGGAGCAGGAGGAGGAGGAGAAAAAAGAAGAGAGAGAGGAGGUUGAGAGUCCGGAAGCGGAAGUCCUGAGCGAAAACCCCUUAGAGAAAUACAUGAAGAUGGUCUUGGAAGCCAGAGAGAAGAAACAAGAGAAGCAGAGCUCUGGAGCUGAAGAAGAACACGUGAGCCCAGAGGUCAAGAGUUUGUCUGAGGAGAAAGAUAAUAGCAUUGCGGCAUAUUCGCACAAGGACGAAGACGCCGACGACGAUUUCUGGUGAACCGCGAGUUUGCCGCUCAAUUUCUAUUUAUGCUUUUAUAGACUCUGCAUUAAUACAUGAAUGGACACGUGACUUUGUGAGUAUAUGUUGUAGCAUCAGAUGAAAAAUAGAGAAAAAAAAAAAAUUUUCCACUUUU